CGGUGCAACGGUUAGAUCUGUCCGACAGAAAUGUAUCCAAGUUUGGGAAGUUUUGCUGAUAUUUAGCUCUUAAACUUGUAUUUUUAUAAACGUUAUAUACACAUACGUAAUGCUUCAUUAAUGUUAGCUAAAACUAGCCUGUUAAAAUGAAGGUUAAAGUAGUGUUUCUGAUAUCUGCGGUGGUUUUACUGACAGUGUCGGCAGCAGAUGACAUGUUGAGUAUACCAGGAGGAAAGAUGUUAAUGGGAACCAGCGCAGCUGAUGGGAGAGAUGGAGAGGCUCCCACCAAGGAGGUUCAGCUGCAGCCGUUUAAAAUAGACACAUACCCCGUCACUAACGCCGACUUCAGAGACUUUGUGAGAGCACAGAAGUAAAAAACUGAAGCUGAGACGUUUGGUUGGAGUUUUGUGUUUCAAGACUUUGUGCCUGAAGAGCUGAAGAGCAAAGUCACACAGAGGAUUGAGUCUGCUCCUUGGUGGCUGCCUAUAGAGCGGGUGUUUUGGAGACAGCCUGCAGGACCUGGUUCAGGCAUUCGGGAGCGCCUGAGCUUCCCGGUGGUUCAGGUGAGCUGGAAUGAUGCUCAGGCCUUCUGUCGGUGGAAGGGCAAGAGACUGCCUACUGAGGAGGAGUGGGAGUGGGCUGCACGUGGGGGGCUGCAAGGUCGAACUUAUCCAUGGGGAAACAAGUUCCAGGCCAACAGAACCAACCUGUGGCAGGGAUCGUUUCCAGAUGUUGACACCGCAGAGGAUGGAUAUCAUGGCAUCUCUCCUGUGGCAGCAUUUCCUCCUCAGAACAAUUAUGGACUGUAUGACAUGAUGGGAAACACAUGGGAAUGGACAUCCACACUCUUUCCAGCAGCACAGCCCAUGUAUGUGUUGCGUGGUGGCUCCUGGAUCGACACGGUGGAUGGCUCAGCUAAUCACAAGGCACGAAUCACGACCAGGAUGGGCAACACCCCUGACUCUGCCUCUGAUAACCUGGGAUUCAGGUGUUCUGCGAGUGACGGACAGAAACAAGGGAAGAAAAAAGGGAAAACUGAACUGUAGCAACAAACAGGAAGUCAUAAAUAUUAAAUGAAGGACAAGAAAGUUCUUUUGAGCCAGACAAAGAAAAAGAAAAAAAAGCAAGGGACCAAUUAGUAUCAAUGGCUAACAAUGAAUUUUACUAAUGGUGACAGGGCGACGUGAGUGAAGAGACAAACUGUAUUUCUCCUGUGGAGAACUUUUUAUUAAUGAACUUGAAGAACAAACACAAACAUACUAAUAUCUAACAUUCAAAAAAUAAACGAUUUUUCAAAUAAAAAA